UCGAUGACUCACUGACACUAAAGAUUUAUCUGUUACAGUUUGUAAAUUAUUAUGCUUCCAUAUUUUAUAUAGCGUUUUUCAAGGGAAAGUUUGUGGGACAUCCAGGGCAAUAUAACAAAAUAUUUGACUAUCGACAGGAAGAGUGCUCUUCAGGCGGCUGUUUGACUGAACUCUGCAUUCAGCUGGCAAUCAUUAUGAUUGGCAAACAAACCUUUAACUCCAUACUGGAAGUGAUAAUGCCCAAGAUAUGGCGCAAAAUUAUGGCCAUACAAGUGGGUCUCUCACGUCUGUUUAGCAGCACGACUCAUGAUGUGAAUAAGGAAAAAGUGGAGCGCUAUUUGCGUGAUUUGAAAUUACUAGACUGGGGUCCGCGCAGCUUGUUUCCGGAGUACUUGGAAAUGGUGUUACAGUAUGGCUUUGUUACAUUGUUCGUAGCCGCCUUCCCCUUGGCACCGUUUUUUGCUUUACUCAAUAACAUUUUCGAAAUGCGUUUGGAUGCGAAAAAGUUGCUGGCAAACUACNG